GAUUUAUGCAACUGUGCCAAGCGUGCAUAUGUAAUGGGCCCACCUUUAAAACAAUUUCCCUUAAUUCCCUUAUGCAGGGAAGCUCCAAUCUCGUGCAGAUGUGCAGAUGCUUCGUACCAAAGAAAUCGCCAGAAGAAAGUGGCAAGGCUGAGAAAUCGUCAGGAAGGCUAAUAUUAUUAUUUUUCUAAAAUCGUACAUCAAACAGCCAAAUAAACUCGACCAUUCCUUCCAUCUAAAAACAACAACUCGCUUCUCCAUAAAAAUAACUCCAUCAUAAUAAUAUAUUUCCGCAGUCCACCAAAAUGUCUCGACAUCAUCCAGAUCUCGUCAUGUGCCGCAAGCAAUCCGGCAUCGCGAUCGGCCGUGUCUGCGACAAAUGCGAUGGCAAAUGCCCCGUAUGCGAUUCCUACGUGCGGCCGACAACCCUCGUGCGCAUCUGCGACGAAUGCAGCUUCGGAAACUACCAGAACAAGUGUGUCGUAUGCGGCGGCGAGGGUAUUUCGGACGCGUUUUACUGUUUCGAAUGCACGCGAUUAGAAAAGGAUAGAGACGGGUGUCCCAAAAUUAUAAAUCUCGGUAGUUCACGUACAGAUCUGUUCUAUCAAAAGAAAACAAAUCGGUCGGGGUACUAACCCCUAUGAUGCCCGGGUCUGGGCUGUGGUUGUUUGGGCUUUCAUGGAUUCGCAAUCAUUAGCGUAUCCGACAUGUUGACAUCACCAAUGUACACAACAACAUCCGUGGGAAAGGAGUUAAAACUUCGGAUCAGCGUUUAUAUCGGCGUUUGGAGGAUAUGACAGUCUUCAUAUAGAUGAAAU